GUUUGUUUUUGUGAUUUUUCGUCUCUGAGCAGCACAACAUGCUCGAGCGGAUUGUCGCCGACAUUCAAGGAUUCAUCAACGGCGUCCGACGCGGACUUGCUCACACAGCCGUCGUCAAUCCACAAGCGCAGGCCGGCUCGGAAGGCGCUGCUGCUGCUGCUGCUGCGGUGCAACAAGCGCUUGCCAACACUCAGCUCGAAUGGACGAUCGACCAGCCAUCGCGUGCCUGGCAGGGAUCCAGCAAGAAAGACGACCUGACUGUCAAUCUCAGACUGCUGGCGUCGCGACACGGCGUCGACUGCGCUGCGCUCGGAGUCGCAGUGUGCUCAAUCCUGCAGGCAGAACAUGCCAAGCAGCCCGACGCAUGCCCGUUCGUGGCUGAAUGGCUGCCAAACGGAUCCGGAGUUGGCAUCCGGUUGUCCAGGUCCACGUUGAUCCAGCAUGCAUGUCAAACGGCGCUCACCGAGCGCGCCUCGUUUGGUCGAAAUGCCGACUUGGCAUUGAAAGCUGCAGGUACUGUGGCGCUGCUGUGCUAUCCAUCGCCAAGGGCUUCCAACGAGGCGUUUGACGCGUUGCGAUGUGGAUUGCUUGGUUGCGUCUAUGACAACCUCAUGUCACUGCACGAUCUCGUCGUGUCUCUCCAGCAUCCAGAUCAAGAUGAAGCAGCCCCAGCGGAGAAAACUCCUCAGGGGCUUGCCAUCCUCGAUCAGCCACCGACAAUUCCUGGUUGCAGCGCGUCCGACCUGAUCGCUCAGGUAUCGGGGCAUCCUUGCUUUGUGAGGCGACCCGAUGGUGGCGGUGCACUGGAUUUGAGCAUGUAUGUCACCUCCCUGCAGCAGCAGACCUUGCAGCAGGAGGAUACGCGCGACCUGGGCCUGGAUGCCAAGCACCUCGGACAGCUGCAUCUUUUGGAUUUGGUGUCGCCCACAAAGCCGGACAGCUCCGAGUCAACAGAGCUGUGGGCAUUGACAUCUGGCGAAGGAUGUCGAUUGCACCGGAUGAUUCUGGACGCAAGCAGCACACCCUGCGACCUGAUUGUCCAUGUCGAGCAAGAAAGCAUCGUGACGCGACGACUUCGAGUUGCUUGCCAUGCGCUCGGACGCAGCCGCCCCACCUUGUCUCUGACUGUCAUCGGUCACGUCAUUCCCUCAGCACCCAUCCAACCAACGCAGCUGUUUGCAUCCACUCUCGCAUCGGCAACAGCGACUGCUCGCGAUCGCCACGGCGACGGCUCUGCACCCGAGCCGCCCCGCGAGAGUGCUUCGCUUGCUUCUCAAGCCGAUGGUGCACCUGUGCAUCGGCAAUCUCUCCAAACACGGCCUGGCUCGGUUGUUGGCACCGGCGACCCAACAAUCCAAUUGGCCGAGUCUGUCGUUCGCGCUACGAUUGUUUCGUCCGUUCUUGGCCAGUCCACCCAAGGGAACCUUGACUUGAAUGUGCCCAAAGUGAUUGGGUUUCAGGACGGGCAGUACGCAACUGGAAGCACGCUGAUUUACAACCACGGCCGGCUGCGCUCCAUUCUGACAAAGUACGCCACUACCGCGGCCGAGCAUGGACUGCCCUCAACCCCACCCCUCGGCUCGGUGCGAUUCGACCUUUUGCAGGAGAAUCACGAGUGGGAAAUGCUCUACUCUGUUGUCACGUUCCCAGACUUGAUCCGUUCGCUCUAUCAGCCAAUCUCGGCCGCCCUCGAGGCACGCCGCUCGAGUCUGGCUCAAUCAGAACCGACGCCUACUUCUUGGCUUCGUACCUAUCCGACGCAAGUGAGCCGUGUAGAUGUGCACAAGCUUGUGUCGCACCUCUACCGCCUUGCGCGCUGCUUUAGCCAGUACUUUGGCCACGUCCAUGUUGUCGUCCCACGCACUGACGCGACAGCUGCCAUGAUGGACGCACGGAUAGUCUUGUUGAGCGCCGUAAUGCAGGUGUUUGAAAACGGGUUGAACUUGCUGAAUAUUCCUCGGACUGCCGGUCGGGUGUAGCUUGUGUUUUGAGUGGCAAAUGCAUCCAUCCGGGGUCGAUGGCCUCCGUCGUUUAGGAAGACAACAUUGUAACAUUUAUAUUCUUCACAGUGACAUUCCUCGCACAAAUUUCAAAAACAA